CUGCAUACUCUAGUAUAUGUAAAUCCUCACUCCGGCGGCGGCGGCGGGAACCCGACGGUUAUGAAAAUCUGUUUGCUGCCGCGUACGGCGGAGCUCUGAGAUUCCCCUUGCAGCUGCGCGCCAGCCACUUCUGUACAAAUCUUAUCUCCUUCAUCUUCCUUUCAAUAACCGGCUAAAAUGGCUGCCGCCUCUGUUCCAUGGCUUCAAUUUCCAGCUCAAUCAUUUCACUAUAAUUCCACCAUUUCUCCCGCCAGAUUCAAACCUUUAUCCAUUUCAUCAUCUCCCAUAUUUUCCGGGAAUCCGGGGAGGUAUUGUGUAAUUAGGUGUACUUCUUCGAAUCAAUGGAAGCACGGUAGUUAUUCCACUGAGGCGAGGACAGUCGAGAAGGUUCAGGAAGAAAAGCUGAGAGAAGAAAAGAGGAGGGCUGAACUCUAUGCUCGAAUUGCUUCGGGGGAGUUUACUGCUGAGCAAUCUGGGAUUUCAUCAAUCCUUAUCAAUGGGCUGGCAAGAUUGGGUGUCCCUAGGGCAUUUCUUGAAUAUCUGUUUAAGCGAUUCGGUGGCCAUGAAGGGUAUCCUCGGAUUCCAGAGGCAAGAGGAUCCAUUAAGGCCAUUAGGAGUGAGGCCUUUUUCAUCCCACUUUAUGGGCUUUACAGAACAUAUGUCUUUCUUAAUUGUAUCAGAUCCUUCUAUUGCCAAACACAUACUGAAAGACAACUCAAAGGCUUAUUCCAAGGGCAUCCUAGCUGAAAUAUUGGAUUUUGUAAUGGGGAAGGGACUCAUACCUGCAGAUGGGGAGACAUGGCGUGUUCGGCGGCGUGCUAUUGUUCCAGCAUUGCACCAGAAGUAUGUCGCAAAAAUGAUUGGCUUGUUUGGACAAGCAACCAAUAGAUUGUGUAAGAAACUGGAUGCCGCUGCAUCAGAUAGAGAAGAUGUGGAGAUGGAGUCCCUUUUUUCACGUUUAACACUUGAUAUCAUUGGAAAAGCUCUAUUCAAUUAUGACUUUGACUCACUAAAAGUUGAUACUGGUAUUGUAGAGGCUGUAUAUACUGUGUUGCGUGAAGCAGAGAAUCGCAGUGUUGCCCCAAUUCCGGUUUGGAAGAUUCCCAUCUGGAAAGACAUUUCACCUAAGCUGAAGAAGGUCAACAAAGCGCUAAAGUUGAUCAAUGAGACCCUGGACGAUCUUAUUGCAACAUGUAAGAAAAUGGUAGAUGAUGAAGAGUUACAGUUUCACGAGGAAUACGUGAAUGAACAAGAUCCUAGUAUCCUACAUUUUUUGUUGGCAUCGGGAGAUGAUGUUACAAGCAAGCAACUUCGUGAUGAUUUAAUGACAAUGCUUAUAGCAGGACAUGAAACAUCUGCUGCGGUGCUGACUUGGACAUUCUAUCUUCUUUCCACGGAACCUACUGUCAUGACCAAACUCCAAGAUGAGGUUGAUUCAGUACUAGGUGACCGAUAUCCAACCAUUGAAGAUGUGAAGAAACUCAGAUAUACUACUCGAGUUAUUAAUGAAUCUUUACGACUAUAUCCACAACCACCUGUUUUGAUCCGUCGUUCUCUUGAAGAUGAUAUACUUGGAAACUACCCUAUUAAAAGGGGAGAAGACAUAUUCAUUUCCGUGUGGAACUUACACCGGUCCCCUGAUCUUUGGAAAGAUGCUGAUACGUUUUGUCCCGAAAGGUGGCCGUUAGAUGGACCUAAUCCAAAUGAAACAAACCAAAAUUUCAGUUAUUUGCCAUUUGGUGGAGGCCCAAGAAAGUGUAUUGGAGACAUGUUAGCAACAUUUGAGACUGUAGUUGCACUUGCAAUGCUUGUUCGAAGAUUUGACUUUCAACUUGCUAUUGGAGCUCCACCUGUAAGCUUAUACUGCAAUGCCCCUUUUAUCCUGACUGGUUGGAUUGACAACAGGGGCAACAAUUCACACCACCCAAGGUUUGAGAAUGACCGUUACACGGAGGACAAGACCGCCUCAAGUAGUGGAGAUGCCGCUGCCAGGAUUCCACAGAAACUACUGUCUCAUGUGUAAAAGAUCAAAAAGGCGAGGACUUUACGGUGGCAUACGAUAAUGAAUCCGUAUCUCGUCACCCUGCUCGCAUUUGAUCUCUUCUCAAGGGUAAGUUUGUAUCUCGGGUUCGCUCUCUGUGUAUUGUUUGUACCAAGUUUAUUGAAAGACAGAAAAGAAUUUUAAAAAUUAUACAUAGCUAAUGUAGUUGUACUUCAGUACUUGUAUGAAAAGAAUGAAAAACUGAUAAANCC